ACUUUCGAAAAUUUCUCUGCGAUCGAAUGGCGCAAGAAAUGCAUACAAAAGCAAGAUCUGGUGUUUUUCUUGUUCCCAAGCAAUCCCCCGGCGCAUGGUCCUAAACCUAAGAUUCUAGAGUGUCAUUCCGGAUGUUGAUCGCCAGAGCACAAAGUUUAUUAAACAGUAUAUGUUGAUUAUGAUUUCGUUUUCAUUCGCGCCGCCGAUGCACUCACAACAGCGAACAUCGUCAGAGCUUUAUCUUCGAGACACGACUUUAUAUGCUUUUUAGACUGCUUGUACUUGUUUUUUUCCUCCGGCUUUCUAUUGACGCCCUCACGUCCGUCUCCGUGCUGUUUCUGUUUCUGUAUUUCGUCUUAGGAGGUACUUACGUCGACGCUGUAUAUCAUUCAGAUGAGAUCCUUAUCACGCACUUUAUAAAAGACAAAAAUGAACGAAGUGACUUUCCGGCGUGUGGCGACCUUCCACUCCCCCUUCCACUCCUGUUUCGGUUGCCCGCGGCAGGGCUGCUGUGAAAGCGUGAAGGGCCGGAUCGAGCUGGAAAGCGAUUUGUCGCCGGAUUACCUGCGCGGGUUGGAAAACUUUUCGCACGUCUGGGUGUUGUUUCUGUUCGAUCGGAAUGAGCAAAAGGAGAAAGUGCAAAAACAGAACGCAAUCACGGUGGCCGGUGCUGGGUCUGAACCACCCGGUGCUGGGCAGCAGCUACCAGGAAGAUCUUCAGGUGAAAAACAUGCAGCCGUUGAACCAGGAGCGGACCUCGUCGUUCUUCCCGCUGCACCCUCCGCGGCCGUGCCGUCAAGCGCCGUAAGAACAGCAGCAGCAAGAUCCAAACCUAGCAAGGCCUGUGUGAAGCCGCCGCGGUUGGGGGAUGGCGACGCGUCGGGAGUGUUUGCGACCCGCGCUCCGCACCGUCCGAAUAACAUCGGCAUGACGGUGAUGCGGAUCGAGAGGAUCGAAGGGCGGACCGUGAUCGUUGCCGGUGCGGAUGUCGUGGACAAGACGUUCAUUGUCGAUUUGAAACCCUAUCACAUCUUGGACGCGGCGCCGGUAGCGGAGUUCUUGAACUGCAGCGGGGGAGGUGGUCCCACUUCUACGGACGAGGUGGAGGAAGGGGAAUUGCAGCAGCAUGAUAGGUCGUGUAGAACUGGGGAUCAUGGAGGCGCCAACAACUUUUACACAAAAACCGCCAAGACUUUUGUAGAGAAAGUUACCGUGAAGAGGCGAAAAGUGGACGACAGCAGUAGCAGGGCUGCUGUACCGGCGGAGGUAAUACGUGAGGAAAGAACUACUGCCUCAAGUUCGUGCGCUGGCGCAGAUGCUGCUUUGGGUACUUCUACCGCCAGUAGCUGUACAACUUCUAGCGCUGCGCCCACUACAACUUCAGAAGUAAGAAGACCUGCAUCUCCACCAGCUUCCGUGUCAGUAUCCCACUACCCGAGUUGGUGCCUGAAAAAGCAGCAAAGUAAGGCGGUGCAGUGGACAGACGAAGCUGUAACACAGUUGCACGAGCUGGUCCAAAAGCGAAAGCCCAAGCCGACUCAACAUGAUCUCCAAGUACUAGAAGAACCACAACAUGUUAUAACGUCAACAACAAGUUGCGGGGACACUUCUACAUGUAAAACGGGCACCAACACCAGCACGACCAGUGUAUCUUCAACCACGAAUUGUAGUAGAUCAAGUACUAGGUCCUCCUCGAAUAAGUUGUUCUCGCACGACAACUACAUUUACUCCGACGUUGCCGACCUGAAAAAAGCCAUCACGGAAGUGGUUUCCAUGGACAUUCGAACCCAACAGCACAAGCGAAAUAAAAAACAGCAAAAGCAGCGCAGUGUCUGGGCGUUUUACUUUGAUCACCUAAACGUUCUGUUUCGGUUGAAGAAAGAGCUGCCCAGUAUUAAAGAGCCUGAGCUUGUUGGCGUCGGCGUCGAUCAGGACAAGGAAAUAAGAAAAACUGGAUCAAGUACUAAAACCAUACCAGCUUGUUCCCGAAGAACGACUGACGUACUAGAAGCCGAAAAUACAACAACGGAAGUGGAAUCAUUCGAGAUCUUCCUCAUAGAGCCCAUGAUCUCUUCCCGUUCGGGAAAGGAGAAAAACACCUGCUGGGCCACUGCAGAGAAAACUACAAGUGCAUGUUGUGCUAGAACGGAAAUAUUACCACCAGCUGCUGAAGGUGGUCCUGGUCCUGCCGGGGGAGAUUCCUCUGGGCCUAGAACGGGAGGCGACCACAUCAGAUCGGAGCAUGAAGGGGAUGUUGUACUUGUACAGCAUGUUGGUGGAAAUGAUGUUACCACUCCGAUGUGUAAUAGCACCUUUGCACCACGAAACCCCAAUAACGGAACCCAUGAAAUGGACGGGAGCGUGCUCGACAUCAAGGUAGCGAAAGGAAACCCUUCCUCGACUUCUACUGCUUUCACGUUGGCCGCGUCUGAAGGGGGAGCCUAGGUUGUCUGGGCAGGGCGGAUGCGAUGUGAUGGUCAUUUCUGUUCGUAUUUGCAGAUUUUGAUCAUUUCUGAAAGACAACGACAUUGCUGAAAAUGAAGAUCUUGAUUCUGAGAAUGAUUCAGGACGAAUUCCUUUCCCUUUUCGACAAGCGACACGAAAUGCAUAAUAAAUGGCGAACGCGAACGACUUCAUCCGGGUACUGUCACCGGUACCGGACUAAGUAAAGAAAACUACAGAACCGGUACUCCAGUGUAGCAAAUAAAAGAGUUUGAAAAACUCACGCUCUACUCUGU